AUGGCGCGGCCAGCGGCGGUCCUGAUGAAACCCCUGCUCCUGUUAACCGUCGUUCUAGCGUCGACGUUGCCGGCGCCGUCGGUGCAGGCCGCGGACGCCGGCGGGUUCGGGAACUGGGUGGCGCUCAACCAGAAGAGCUACGCGGUGAACAAUGCGCUGUUCGCGAAGAAGGCCGCGGGCGACGGGGGAAAGACCCUGGACGCGAACCUGUCGGCGGCGGAGGAGAAGAAGGUCACCUACGUGGUGGACCCCGAGGGUAAAGGGGACUACACCAACGUCACGGCGGCCUUGGCCGCCAUCCCCGAAGGCAACGAGAAGCGUGUCAUCCUUGACCUCAAGCCCGGCGAGUACCGCGAGAAGAUCUUCCUCAACCUCAGCAAGCCGUUCGUGACGUUCAAGUCGGACCCAAUGAACCCGGCGACCAUCGUGUGGAACGACACGGCGGCGACGACCGGCAAGGACGGGAAGCCCGCCGGCACCGUGGGGAGCACCACCGUGGCGAUCGAGUCCGACUACUUCAUGGCCUACGGGGUGGUGUUCAAGAACGACGCGCCGAUGGCCAAGCCCGGCGCCAAGGGAGGGCAGGCGGUGGCGCUGCGCGUGUUCGGGACCAAGGCGGCGUUCUACAACUGCACCAUCGACGGCGGGCAGGACACGCUGUACGACCACAAGGGGCUGCACUACUUCAAGGACUGCGUGAUCAAGGGCAGCGUGGACUUCAUCUUCGGCUUCGGGCGGUCGCUGUACGAGAACUGCCACAUCGUGUCGGUGGUGAAGGAGGUGGCGGUGCUGACGGCGCAGCAGCGGAGCAAGUCCAUCGAGGGCGCCAUCGAGAGCGGCUUCUCGUUCAAGAACUGCAGCGUGAAGGGGGUGAAGGGAGGGCAGAUCUACCUGGGCCGCGCCUGGGGGGACUCGUCGCGGGUGGUGUACGCGUACACGGAGAUGGGGGAGGAGGUGGUGCCCGUGGGGUGGGACGGCUGGAACAUCGCCAAGCCGGAGAGCAGCGGCAUCUACUACGGCGAGUUCAAGUGCACCGGCCCCGGCGCCGACGCCCAGAAGAGGGUGGGGUGGGCGCUCGACCUCACCGAGGAGCAGGCCAAGCCCUUCGUCGGCACGCACUACGUCUACGGGGACUCGUGGAUCCAGCCGCCGCCCAAGUAAUUAUGAAUCAUGCAAUGCAAGCCCAUUGGGCUGGGCUGGGCUGGGCUGGGCUGGAUAUAUCUAUCUUCUUCGAUCAGA